CCGUUAUCAGCCAUAAUAAAAGCUCGCUUUUUGUUCAACUUGCAACUCCUCUUUCAGCAUCUGCUUCUGGGUCCUGUUCACAACACAUCGGCGUGUGACAAAGGGUUUGUGUAAUGGAGGAAGAUGAUCUGCUGUGGCGGUGCCUAAAUGGAGCAGUGAAAGGGGAAGAAUAUACGAUGUAACACACACAAAGCAAUAGGAAGUCACAGCACUUCAACUGUGUUUCACAUCAGCGACCAUGAAACUGCCAACAUGUCUCACGUUUUUCUUUCAAGCACUAUUAAUUGUAGAAAGAGCAGCACUAGCUAAAUCCCCUCAAGAAGUCUCUGGAUAUCUUGGAGAAAACAUCACAUUGCACUCAGGAGUCGACCCAUCAUGGAGUCUCACCAAAAUUGAGUGGUCAAUAUUCACCAACAACACUUGGAUUGCCACUUAUCAUAGUGGAAAAACAAUGACUGAUCUAGUCCAUCAAUACAAAGGGAGACUCACUCUUAAUACAAUGACAGGUGACCUAACAAUUCACAACCUGACUGCAAAGGAUGCCACAGAAUACACCGUAGACCUCAGCAGCAGUGAGGCUGAACCUGAAGGAAAUACAAUUAAACUCAACGUAAAACAAAAGCUCCGGGAACCAUCCAUCCAGAUAGUCACGAGCACAUCUGUAGAAAAUGGCUGUUUUAUGGUGGUGAACUGCUCUUCUCUGGAUAAGGGCAUUAACCUUUCCUGGAGUGUUGAACCAGUCAGUGUGCUCACCAUCAACAAGCAUAAUCCCAGUGACAGCUCUGCACAACUUUUUGCAUUUGUCAACACCACACAGAACCUUGCAAACUUUACUUGCACCUCCAGGAGAGAUAUUGAGCGUGUUCCUUCGAAAACUGUCACUCCAAAGUGUGAUAGUAAGAUUUGUGUUUCAAAUUGUACGAGUCCACCUCCACCCAGGAGAGUGACACAUCAUAGGGCUAGAUAUUCUGCAGUUUUGUUCUUGUCUGGCACUGUAUUUGGUAGCAUCGGAGUUAUUAUAAUUUACCGUUAUGCAGUGCAAUCGCACAGCCUGCAGCAUGACUUGUCAUUAAUAACUAGGAAUUGUGCUACUGGAUCAGAAAGAAGACAAAGAGUACAAAGAAGUAUAAAGGAAGAUGAAGAGACUGCAAAUGUGCAGGACGAGCAAGUGGCAACACCAACACAAAGAGAGGAAGAAUGAAGACGACAACAAGAGGGACUGUGAGGAAAAAGAAACAACGUCAAGCAUGUCAUAACAUCAACAAGAAUUCCUGAACCAGUGAACAAACACAGACUGAAGACAACCAUCGUAUUCAAAUGAAUGCAUUUUGACAGAAUUCUCAGAAGAUGGAUACAUUAUAAUGAGCAUAUCAAGUGUCAUAACUCAGACUCACUAAAAUAUACAUCACAAUCAUAUAUAGGAACUGAGGUUGCUGCUGUACAUGUUUGAACUUGUGUCUUUUCUGCCUUAUUUGUUUUAUGUAUUUUAUUAUUAUCUUGUGUGAAUCUCUCGCUAAUAAAAGGAUAUAAAAAUAUGAA